CGUUUGGGUCCAACUGUCCGUAGUGAGAUGGUAAACCGGUAACAGGACUUAAGGGACUCGGAGUGAGAACCCGGUCGGUAGAAAAAAAAUUUUGGUCCAAUAAUUUGAAGUUUUUAGACAUAGACACAUAUUUAUUAUUUUAGCUGUCGGAAACGACCGGUGCAUUUCACCGCAGCGGUGGUGCUGGUAGCUAGUAGCAGAAAAAAGGAAAGAAACCGACACUGGGGAGAGUUUUAGGAGGAUUCGUCUGACUUGUCAUCUGGGAGCAAUUAGUUCCAGCGCCGAGAAAAACCCGAAAGGUUAGUGUGGAUCGACUGGCAGGAGGACACAGUGCUGCUGAACCGCAUGAACCCGAGGCCAAGCUGACCCUCAACCAGAGAGCGAGCGAGCGAGAGAGAGAGAGAGAGAGAGAGAGAGAGAGAGAGAGAGAGAGAGAGAGAGAGAGAGAGAGAGAGAGAGAGAGAAGGAAGAAGAAGAAGAAGAAGAAGAAGUUAACCUGGCCUAAAUCUGGAAGAACAAACCUAACCGCAGUCCCCUAAACCUCCAGAAGCCGGUAGAAACCGGGCACAGACCUCAUGAAUGGAAAUCGGCACUACAGGAGCCGUUGGGGCUGCGCCCCUGUUCUCCGUACCGCGCAGACCUGGCUAUGGCACCAUGGGCAAGCCCAUCAAGCUGCUGGCCAACUGUUUUCAGGUGGACAUCCCAAAGAUGGAUGUCUACCUGUAUGACGUGGACAUCAAGCCAGAGAGAUGUCCACGCCGUGUCAACAGGGAGGUUGUGGACUCCAUGGUGCAGCAUUUUAAAGUGACCAUCUUUGGAGAUAGAAAGCCGGUCUAUGACGGCAAGAAGAGCCUGUACACAGCACAGCCGCUACCAGUUGCCACAGGAGGAGUAGACCUAGAUGUGACCUUGCCUGGAGAAGGAGGUAAGGAUCGGCCCUUUAAAGUCUCGAUCAAGUUUGUGUCGCUGGUCAGCUGGCACAUGCUGCAUGAGGUGCUGACUGGGCGGAGUAUUCCCGAGCCUCUGGAGUUGGACAAGCCAAUCAGCACCAACCCUGUGCACGCUGUAGACGUGGUGCUGCGCCACCUGCCCUCCAUGAGGUACACACCAGUAGGCCGGUCCUUCUUCUCUUCUCCUGAAGGUUAUGAUCAUCCACUGGGUGGGGGCAGGGAGGUGUGGUUUGGCUUCCACCAAUCAGUGAGGCCGGCUAUGUGGAAGAUGAUGCUGAACAUAGACGUGUCUGCUACGGCGUUCUACAAAGCCCAGCCGGUGAUCCAGUUUAUGUGUGAGGUUCUGGACAUCCAUAACAUUGAUGAGCAGCCACGCCCUUUGACAGACUCGCACAGGGUAAAAUUCACCAAAGAAAUCAAAGGUCUGAAGGUGGAGGUAACACACUGCGGCACCAUGAGGCGAAAGUACAGGGUGUGUAAUGUCACCCGCCGGCCUGCCAGCCACCAAACGUUUCCGCUGCAACUGGAGAACGGACAGACUGUGGAGAGAACAGUGGCGCAGUACUUCCGUGAGAAAUACAACCUGCAGCUCAAAUAUCCCCACUUGCCCUGCCUGCAGGUGGGCCAGGAGCAGAAACACACAUAUCUGCCCCUAGAGGUGUGUAAUAUCGUAGCUGGGCAGCGCUGCAUUAAGAAACUGACAGAUAACCAAACUUCCACCAUGAUUAAAGCCACAGCUCGAUCAGCACCGGACAGGCAGGAGGAGAUCAGCCGACUGGUGCGCAGUGCAAACUAUGAGGCUGACCCAUUUGUUCAGGAGUUCCAGUUCCGCGUGAGGGAUGAGAUGGCCGAGGUGACCGGCCGCGUAUUGCCUGCCCCCAUGCUGCAGUACGGCGGCAGGGUGAGCUCUGAACACUUCCUGAAUCGCACUGUGGCCACUCCAAGCCAUGGUGUAUGGGAUAUGAGAGGGAAGCAGUUCCACACUGGUGUAGAAAUUAAAAUCUGGGCCAUCGCCUGCUUUGCCACCCAGAGACAGUGCCGAGAGGAAAUCCUCAAAAGCUUUACCGAUCAGCUGCGUAAGAUUUCAAAAGAUGCCGGGAUGCCUAUUCAGGGCCAGCCGUGCUUCUGCAAGUACGCUCAGGGAGCAGACAGUGUAGAGCCUAUGUUCAGACACUUAAAAAACACUUAUGCUGGCCUGCAGCUCAUCAUCGUUAUCCUGCCUGGAAAAACGCCUGUUUAUGCGGAGGUGAAGCGUGUUGGAGACACUCUUCUUGGAAUGGCCACUCAGUGUGUGCAGGUGAAGAACGUGGUGAAGACGUCACCACAGACGCUCUCCAACCUCUGCCUCAAGAUCAACGUCAAGCUAGGUGGCAUCAACAACAUCCUGGUUCCUCAUCAACGUCCGUCCGUCUUCCAGCAGCCAGUCAUUUUCCUAGGUGCUGAUGUCACUCAUCCACCUGCAGGAGAUGGCAAGAAGCCCUCCAUCGCUGCUGUGGUGGGCAGCAUGGACGCCCACCCGAGCCGCUACUGUGCCACGGUGCGUGUGCAGAGGCCCAGGCAGGAGGUCAUCCAGGACCUGGCCUCCAUGGUCCGAGAGCUGCUCAUCCAGUUCUACAAAUCCACACGCUACAAACCCACACGUCUCAUCUUUUACAGAGACGGAGUGUCCGAGGGACAGUUCCGACAGGUGCUGUAUUAUGAGCUGCUGGCCAUUCGGGAAGCCUGUAUAAGUCUGGAGAGAGAGUACCAACCAGGCAUCACGUAUAUCGUUGUGCAAAAGCGCCACCACACACGCCUUUUCUGCGCUGACCGUAACGAGAGGGUCGGACGGAGUGGGAACAUUCCUGCCGGCACCACAGUCGACACAGACAUCACCCACCCCUACGAGUUUGACUUUUACCUCUGCAGUCAUGCUGGAAUACAGGGUACGAGCCGGCCCUCACACUACCAUGUGCUGUGGGAUGAUAACUGCUUCACAGCCGACGAGUUCCAGCUGCUCACCUACCAGCUGUGUCACACGUAUGUACGCUGCACACGCUCCGUCUCCAUCCCAGCGCCUGCCUACUAUGCCCACCUAGUGGCCUUCCGUGCUCGUUACCACCUGGUCGACAAGGAGCAUGACAGUGCGGAGGGCAGUCAUGUGUCAGGACAGAGUAAUGGUCGUGACCCCCAAGCUUUGGCCAAAGCUGUGCAGAUUCACCACGACACUCUGAGGACCAUGUACUUUGCCUAGCCCUCCUCCUCCUCAUCCGCACUCACCUGUCACUCAUAUGACAUCAUGCACUGAAACCUACUCCCCAGUCCCGGGCCGCUCUGCUGCUAAAACGAACCAAACGCAACUACAACAAAGGGGAGGGGUGGGAAUUAACACUGUUAUGCAAUAGAGUAGAAACAAACAAAAAAACAGCCAGGCUUUUCUAAGAGCCUACUUCUUUAAUUUUCUUGUGUAGAUCUGUGAGUCCCGACAAAGGUAUGGCAUACACUUGUACACUUAUUUAUUAGCAUCGAGUUUUUCUCUCUCUGUCUGUCUGUCUUUUUAACCACAUGAAGUUCUUUUUCAUUUUUGAUUGAAAAUCAAAGCUGAAAUUAGUGAAAUUGAUAUUAGAUCUAAAGGUCAAACAAUUUCACUGUCAUAAACGGAAGAGUGCAACACCUUCAUAGGGCGGUGUGAUAUUAAAGAACUGAUUGGUCCGUGCAACUGAUCAUGCAAUAACGUUACCAUGCUAUAAUUAAGCAAUAUCGCACCGAAUAUCAUACUGAUAUUCAGUACAGCAGCACGAUUGCAUGCGAGUGUGAUAUUGCUUUUACAAGAAAACUUUAUUAUCGAGUAACUGACAUUUCAGUCACAAUAUGGCCAAACAUUUUGGGGCUGUGGGGGUUUGUGGUGGUGUUUUCUUUUGUUCCCCUCCAUCAACAAAAAUAGUUCCCAAUGAAGCCACAGCUGGAUAAACAGUCCAUAGCAUAUGAGUGAAAUAUCCCAGUGCUGUUAUACUAAAUAUCAGCAUGCCGCUUGUCCAAUCAAAUUAGUGGACCGGAACUAACUGUUGUAUAAAUUUGGAUGAAGAUGGGUAAAGUGAUGCUAGGUCAUUGCCAGUGGACGCUGUGCUCUAUUCUAACUAACGAAACCAGUAAGAAUGUUCUGAUUUUAUAUUGGCGCAUAUUCAUCAAAGUAUCCUGUUUUGCUCAACAACUUGUAAAGAAGUUAUCGCAACAGAACGCAGCUUAAUAAUUCUCUUACUCUGAAAUACUUGAUACAGGAUAUUUUUGUCUCAGUCUCCAUUUCCACCAUUUGUGCACUUUUGUGUGUGUGUGUGUGUGUGUGUGUGUGUGUGUGUGUGUGUCUUAAGCAAGGUUCAGAAGUAACUUUAAUGAGUUACCCUAUGUCAUCAGUCCUUAUACUUGGACAUGUGCGUCAUUGUGCUGCCUGGAAAACAUCUCAGCCUUGUAUCCAUUCAUGAUUGUCCCUUGGUUUUUUUUCUCUCUCUCUCUUCCUCCCCUAUGUAAGCAAAGUGAUACAUUAGCCAAGAACUGCAGUUUUACCUAAAGUACAACCGUAGACAUCUGUUAAACCUGACCCAAGAGUAGAAAAUUUCUUGUGUGUGUGUGUGUGUGUGUGUGUGUGUGUGUGUGUGUGUGGUCGUCUUUACCAGGUACUGAAUGAGUAUGUUGCUUAAUACAGCAUUUUCCCAAUGAACUUCAGAUGCUUUGUAGAGAAGCUAGUGGUUUUAUUCACAUGGUUGCGAGUAUCUAUAUAGCUUAUAGUGUUGUUACUUUAUACACAUUACGGAGGGGUUAAACAUGUUGUGUGUUGUGGCUAAAGGGAUAAUUGUGUAUUCAAAGGGAUUCGAGACAAAGUGCCUGGAAACACUUUAAUGAGCAUCCGAAGGUUUUCAUGCUGUUAAACCCUCAUACUGCCGUUGUUUAAAAGCAGUGUUUUAGAAAUGACUUUAUUUUUGAAAACACAUGAACAAAGGAACUAAGAUUGGGAUGAGUAACCAGAUGAGACUACCCUGCUCUCCGAACAUUUUGGAGUCUUGAAACAAAUGAUGUUUCUUUCUUGCUUUCUCUCCUCCCGAAAGCACAUACUGCCACGCUGAUCUGUGCACAAAGGUUUUUCCAAAAGCGAUUCAGCUACAGGCCCUUCUGAUCUACUUUUUAAGAUUUUUUUUUGGAGGGGCCAAAAUUCUGACAGCGCCAAUCAAAGCUGGUAGGCACCAGAUCGCAUUAUGCAGCUCAUUGCAUGCUGUUCCCUGAAAAGUUGGAAGCAUGGAAUUGUCUAGAACGUCUCUGUAUGCUUUAGCAUUGCAAUUUCCCUGUGAACUAAGAAGCCCCAAAGCUGUUCCCGCAUGACAGUGCACAAAGCGAGCUCCAUGAAGACAUGCUGUGUUAAAGUUGGAAGAAGGUGGAAGAACUCGAGUGUCCUGCACAGAGUCCUGACCUCAACCCCACUGAACACCUUUGGGAUGAACAGGAACUGGAGCCUCCUCCACAUACCAACAUCAGCACCUGACCUCAACCUCACUAAUGCUCUUGUUCAUUUGUGAAUGAACACAAAUCGCCACAGCCACGCCCCAAAAUCUAGUGGAAAGCCUUCCCAGAUGAGAGAUGGUCUCACGUCCACUCCAUGUAGUGUAUCUGGUGUCUACUGGCUGUCAUACGGUUUUUGAUGAACAUGCAUAAAUCGGCCGAAUGUCCUUGCGGAUGUAAAUAAGCACUUUGGUUCUGUAGUAUGACACAACCAACACAUUAAUCUUGGCAGUUUUUUAUUUCUUUAAUUUAAUGUUGAGCUUUGGAAGAUGGUAAGCUUUUGCCUUUUUUAAGUAGCAUUUGCCACUUUUGAACAAGGUCUGAAUCUGCAGGUCUUACAGAUCUAAGCAGUGUGCCUCAGUAGAUCAUGAUCGCCAUCUGCAUGUUAUUUUUUUGUUUGUUUGUUUUUGUUGUUCUCUGGACCCUUUACAGGUUGAGGGCUGUUUACUACUUGACCUCUUUUGUCCUUAAGCAUUGGCUUUGUCCACUGCGUCUUUAUCCUCAAAGCCACAUACAGAUGCAAACCAGUGUAGCUGCUAAACCCUUGUUAUACUACACACAGAUCUGUGUCGGUACAAAGAGUGUGCGAGGAAUGAUGACAAUAUUACUGCACUUAAUUGUUUGAAAUGACUCCAUAUUCUCAACUGGGGCUCUUCGCCCAGGUGCUAAGAAGUGCGGUGCUGUAAUUUGGGGAAUUGGAAAGCCUUGUCCACCAUUCCCUGUUAUUAUUACACAGCUUGCCAUGUUCUUUUCACUUUCACCAUACAUAGAGUGUUUUGAAAGUCGCACGCUCAGUCUUAGAUGCAGGUUCGUCGCUUGAAAGCCUUAUAGAGGUUGGGAUAUUGCAUCGAGAACAGUUUUAGCAAGUUACUUUAGUUGGUAAAUGCUUGCUGAAUGGUCAACAAAACAAAUUGCAUCCAAGAGCCAGAUGUUCAAAACCCUUUAGUUCACAUCUGAAGAACAGAUUGGAUGAGUCCACAAUCAAUCGAAAAAGUUUACAUCACAAUUAUCCAACCAUGUAUAGAAUGGGUUACCUAAAGCUGUUUGAUUAUUGGUUGCAUUCUGGUACAAGUGUUGGUUUUAUUAUUGUUUAUUGGGAAUAUAAUUCAUAAACAUGAAGUAUUUUACUGUAAAAUUUAAUCAUCAGUUUUCUUGUAACGGAUAGUUUAACAAGAAGUUAAUCUUCCAUUGUUUUCUUAGUUAAGGACUUAAAUAAAAACCAUCUCAGUCAGAGCUCAGAGGAAUUGUAGUUUUAAUGUUUAAACGUGUUAAAAUGUCUCCAAGUUCCAAAAACCGAUGAGAUGGGCUUUGAACAGCUGACUGCUCAGUAUAAAUUCAGUUUUAAGUUUGCAAAUCCCUUGAAACCUGUAGGUUCAUGAGGUAACUGUGACAUUUGUGAAAUGUGACAAGACCGUAACACCAUUAAGAGCUUAUUCAGCCAAUCUUGCCUUAAUAUGGAAGCACAUCGUGUAUUUGGCUGAUUUCGAUGACUUCAGUGCGUGGCACUGUGAAAUCUCCCCUCCGUUUGAACGUACUGGUACUUCUCUGGCACUACCAGCAUUUGAUUUGAUUUUACUUGAAAAAUGAGUUUGAUGAAUAUGGCAUGUAAUGAAUCCUGUGCAUGUUGGGGUACAUCAUUCUGUAGUACACACGUUUUAUCUUCUCAAGUUGCCACGGAUAUAGUUGCUAGGGUAAACGAGGCAUUUCAUGUGAGGGUGGAGAGGUUGGGUACAAACUGUGAUGUAAUAAGCCCCACCCCUCCUCUCCUCUCCGUGCUGGACUAUAGAUAUAGAUGCCUUGGCUCAAAAGCAUUUUUAAUUCAGAGCAGAGGUAUAUUUGUAUAUUUAAAGAAUGAAUCUGUGUAAUGCACACCACUUAUUUUUGCUAACAAAAGUCUAUGAGAGAUACAAGAAUAUAAAAUAACAUCAAUAUUAAACGAUGAGUGUCUAACAAUAAUCAGUUAAAAUGCAAUAGACUGUUGACCUCCAGGUUUAUUUACUCCUUUAAAAUGCUGUUGUUCUUGUUGUUUUUUGUCAUGUCAUUCUAUGGUAUUGGUGUAGUUUUAAGUGGCUAUUGACAUUCUUUCUUUUAUAUAACUUCUCUUUUUUUUUUCUUCUUUUUUUUUUUUCUUUUCAACUUAACUAUGAACAGACUUAUAAACCUACCCUUUAAAGGUCCAUCCUAACAAAAUGGAGAUUAAAGCAGAUUUGUGGAAUUUAUGUAAUGUUUUAUCCACUAUAAUGAAUGAUUUGAACUAAACUCUAACAUUAUUAUUAUUAUUAUUAUUAUUAUUAUUAUUAUUAUUAUUAUUUUCCACAUAGAGGUAAAGAGUCGCUAUAAAAGGAGACUUGUCUGUGGAAUGUGCCUUUCUUGAUGGUGCUGAUCUUAAACUAGUAAACAAAGGACAAAAAAAAAAAGAGUAGUUUUGAAAUGCUCAAAGGGCACAAGCAUUUGUCGACGUUGAAGCCGAGUAUAUACUGAUUCAUGAUAUACUGUAUAAUGUGUGUAUUUGUUUUUAAAGAAAUGUAUGUGUAACUGUCAUUUUAUUUGCCAAGAACACAUCCAUAUCUGAGAUCAUGUCAGGACCAAACUUUCCACAAGGGUGUUUUUUGGUGAUUGGGGCACAUGGCAUGGCAUAAACAACUGCUUGCACUAGCCAGGCUGCGACUGAAGACCUCCAAGAUCUAGCUCUUUUUCUUUUCUUUUCUUUUCUUUUCUUUUCUUUUCAAACAGCAAUUAUAUAAGGAGGUUUUGAAUGAUGUUUAAUUGACUUCAGUCUCUAAUCCAAACUAUCUUGCUCAGUCUUCAUUUGGAGCUGCUGACAAUUCCUGUAUCAGCGAUCUAUAAAUUUAGCAUCUAUUCUGUAUAUUUUUCAGCAGAUAAACUAGAGUCGCUAAAACUUUGGUCAGUGCUCAAGCUCUGUAAUGCCAUGUCAGUUCCUUCCUUAUGAUGAAGGGAUUCCAUGGAAAAAAUAAAAGAAAAAAAUCAUUGAUUUGUGCUUUGGUUACAGUACAUAAUGCAUUAUGCUUUCGCUUGUCUGAUAAUGGAUCUGUCUGGUUUUCGAAAUACACUUUCGGAGGGUCUUACCGUCUGAUUCUGGGCUUUCAUUGAGCCUUUUUGUUUAGUUUAGUUGUUUUAUUGUCCUAUUUAAUUGUUAAUAUUUUAAUUAAAUAUAUAUAUAUGUGCGUG